AUGUCUACCACUGUUAAUAAUAACGAAGCCUCUAGUAGUAGUACCUCUGCCUCUAAUAGCGCUGAAUCCUUUGAUUUAAGAAUGAAAUCAAUGGAAGAUCAAAUCAACAACCUUUCCUUAGCCUUUACAAGAUUCAUGAAAGAACCUAUGUUCUCUUCUAAUACCAAUUCAAGUAGCCAACCUUCUCAUGAUAACUCUGACACCGAGAAUGAACAAAGUGAAGAUGAAUCAAGUAACAAUGUCGAUGUUCCAACCGAUUAUCAAUUAUCCGAUACCUUACUUGGUCAGUACAAACAUAUGGUAAACAAUCAAGGUUUACUCGUCGAAGAAGAAUGUAUCCUCAAGAAAGAUGAGAUAUCCGAAUUGAAUAAAGUAUUCAACUUUCCAUCUAACUUCCAAGUGAAUGUCGCUCCAUUCGGUACACCUGAAGGUAUUACUGUAUCAUCCAACGUCAAGAACAAUGAUACUGACUUGUUGAUUGUCGAAAAGCGAAUCAACGAUAGCUUGAAACCUUUGCUUCUCAUGUCAAGUAUGUUAUCAUCUGAUAGCUCUAAUGUCGAUGUAGAACUUAUUAGUUACUUAACUCAGAGUGCAAUCGUCUUAGCCGUUAAUGCUCAAGCAUCGCUUAGUCGUGUCCGUCGUAACAACAUCGCUAAAGAAAUCUAUGGUUCUGAAGUACUCUUACCAAUUAAGAUCAAGGAUACACCAAAGAUGUUUGAUGAAACUGAAACUGAACGUGUAAGAAAGCUAGCCAAGUCAAUCAGAAAGAACAACGAAGCUAAACAAUCAUUGUUAAAAUUGAAUUAUCAUUCCAAGUCCAAUGUCAAGAAAUCAGUUAACUCAAGUGGUAAUAACACUACAGGAAACAGUAGUAAUAGUAAAUCCAGUAGUGGGAGUAAUGGCCGAUCUAACAACUUCAAUGGAUCACCAAAAGAACAAGAAGUAAACUUACCAGUAGGUGGACGUCUGUUCCACCACAAACAAGUUUGGAAAGAAUUGGGUCUUCCAAACUUUUGUCAAGAGUUCGUAAAUGGAUUAAAAAUCCAUCUGCUUCCAAAUUUCAAGCCGAUGCUAAACCCAAUUCCGAUUUCAAUUCCGGAGGGUCCGAAAUCAGAUUGCAUCACAAAGGAAGUACAAGACUUGUUAUUAGACGAUGCCAUCGAACAAGUACUUCCAAACCGUUAUUCAAAGCGCGUUUUUUACUCCAACGUGUUUACGGUUCCAAAACCUGGAACGAAUCUACAUCGUCCAGUUCUAGAUUUAAAAAGGUUAAACACUUACAUCAACAACCAAUCAUUCAAGAUGGAAGGAAUCAAGAAUCUACCAUCAAUGGUCAAACAAGGUUAUUACAUGGUAAAACUCGAUAUCAAGAAAGCCUACCUCCACGUAUUAGUAGAUCCACAAUACAGAGACUUAUUCCGCUUCGUGUGGAAAGGUUCGCACUACCGUUGGAAAACAAUGCCGUUCGGGCUAUCGACAGCUCCUCGUAUCUUUACAAUGCUGUUAAGACCUGUACUUCGAAUGUUGAGAGAUAUCAAGGUAUCCGUCAUCGCUUACUUGGACGAUCUAUUAAUCGUAGGUUCAACAAAAGAAGAAUGUUUAUCCAACUUCAAAAAGACAAUGGAAUUACUUGUCAAACUAGGUUUCAAGUUAAACCUAGAAAAGAGUGUUCU